AAUACUCCUCAUUUUACUUUUUGUAAAAUAUUAAGAUUAUAUGUUUUAUUUCAAUGAUGAAAAGCACAAAGGCAUAUAAAAUCCAAGAUGUGAAUAGAAAGACAAGGAAAGGUGUUGUUGCUCGUUCUCUGGCAGAUCUGAGGAAGAAAGGCAUCGAAAAGCUUGGCCUGGAUGGAGAUGGCUGCCGCGUUUACACUGAAGACGGGACRAAUGUAGAAGACGACGAGUACUUCCAGUCUUUACCUGCUCAGACUGUUUUCGUUUUCGUAGGUCCAGAUCAGGAGUGGGAAGGCUAUGUAACUGUCCUCAAACAAGCCAUUGAGAAAGUCUUCAAUGCUUUGUCACAAYGAGAGAAAAUAGUAGAAAAUAUUCACAACUUCAUUAAAGAUGGAGAAUCAGAUGAAAUCUACUGUAUCAUGGCAGAAGUUGUUAAUAGAUUGAAAGAAAAAAUUGAUGCAGAAGAAAGAGAAGAUGAUGAAGCUUGGUUUGAGGGAAUUAGUACUAAGUAUAACACAAAGAGUUUGGCUUUAAAGGCUGCAGCUCAGUCUAGAAUCAGGAAUUACCUUUCCAGAACUAAAGAAUUCAUUGAAGAUGCAAGACAAACUGGAAGCAAAAAAGCUGCUAGAUUGUUAACAAAUGUGUUAGAAGAUUUAAAGGAAGAGCUCAAAAACCAGGAAUUCUUUGGUGACUAUUUUGCAAGGUCUGCUGAUGAGAGAAAGCGUCUUUGCUGUUCAAAAGGCUGGUUUGAUUGUCARGGGCAAUACAAUGUAGAUGAGUGUACAAAGCUACACAGGAUAAAUCCUUAUGGAAGCAAAGAAAGCAGAAUAUUGUUUAGUACCUGGAACCUAGAUCAUGUGUAA